GAAAUGUCUCCGAGAUUGGUGGCUAGGGGCCCAAAAUGUUGGUUAAGAAGUCCAGGCAAGUUACUCGGGUUUGUGGUAUUCUUGAAAUCAACAUGUUCAAUAUAGGCUUCUGUCGAGCUCAAAGGACAAUUUGCGGACGCCAAAAUGGCACCUGAUCUUCAUGCUUCGACAGGUGACCAUGUGUGUGUGGUCGGCACUGGGGUUCUCGGCUUGGUGGCUAUCAAGAACCUCAAGGAACAAGGUCUUCAGGUCACUGCAUUUGAACGGAAUGAGCAUAUUGGAGGUCUCUGGCACGUCUCGGACAACCAAGAUCAGGUCACUGCAACGUCUAUGACAACGGCGAACACAUCAAAGCAUACUGUAAGCGGAGCACCUAGUCUUAUGGUUCAACAUGUUAUGAUUCAAGAUGAUCUGACUUCAGACCAGAGCUGUUUCACAGAUUUUCCUUAUACAGAUGAUGUCUCGAUGCACCCGCCAGCUAAAAGUAUUCAUGAGUAUCUUGAAUCCUACGCCAAGCAUUUUGGUCUUUUACAGCACAUCAGAUACUCGUCUCAGGUAACGAGAGUUGAGCGAGAUGAUGAGUCAAGAAAGUGGAUUGUUUACACUGUGAAUGCAUCUCAAAAUGGAAACACAGACUCAUCGCGUCAUGUAUUUGACCGAUUGGUCGUUGCUACUGGCAUCCUCAGUGCACGAAACGUGGUCAAGAUCCCAGGCGUAAAUCAAUUUGAUGGUGAAGUACUUCACUCUCAAGAAUUCAAGGAUGCUUACCGGUUUUCCGGGAAGAACGUCCUCGUGGUAGGAAUUGGAGCUACAGGUGCCGACACCACAUCCUUCUUGAAAAAAGCUGGGGCAGCCAAUAUCUACAUCAGCCAUCGCGGCCAGACUUACCUACUGCCUCGAGUUAUGGACGGCAAAGCCUUCGAUCAUUCAAUGUCCUACAGAGUGGGAUGCAUCACGAGGCAGCUAGCUAGCUGGUCGCCAUGGGCAUGGGCGACUAUGUUGACAAAGGCAUUGCGAACUGCCCAGUUCAAGGCAUUUCCUUGGCUGAAAAGCCACAACUCUUUCUCCUCGCCGCGUGUGCCACCCACAGCUCCAAUGCUGCAUCGCGUCCCGAUCUUCUCGGACGACCUAGCACAGAACUUGAGAGAUGGGUCUGUGAAGUCGGUUGUCGGCGUCCACGAAAUCAACGGACCUCGUACAGUCAUGCUAACCGAUGGCUCUGUUCUUUCCGACAUUGAUGCCAUUGUCAUUUGUUCAGGAUACCACUACGACUUUUCUGUGGUCUCGGGGGCUGGUAAUCCUAUUGAUGCCACCAAAGCGCCCGACAACUACCGGCGGAUUCAGGCAGCGCCGUAUUACGAGCCAGAAAGCCCAUUUCCGCGACUCUACCAGGGCUACAUAUCCGAGCAAUAUCCUGAAUCAUUGGCUUUCCUCGGUCAUAUGUUGGUCUUGGGGCCACCGUUCGUGAUUUACGAUCUUGCCACGAUGGCAUUGGCAUCUAUUUGGAGUGGCAACGCACCUAUGCCGACAGACACUGCGAUGAGCCGGGAUAUUAAUGCCCACUACGACUUCAUCGUGAAAGCAUUGCAUAAUGACCGUGUUCCGCACCCAGGAGUGCGCAUCAACGGCAAGGCAACAUACAAUUGGAUGAAUGAAGCAGCAGGUACAGGAGUGACCGACCUUCUCGGCAACUUUAGUAUAGCAGCCUGUAAACUAUGGUGGACCGAUAGACAUUUCUAUAAUUUGCUCAUGGAUGGUGCCAGUGUCCCGGCAGUGUAUCGCUUGUUUGACAUGGGCAGAGGCAGAAAGCCAUGGAACGGGGCUCGAAAACAUAUCGAGAAGAUCAAUAAGGAAAUUGAAGACCUGGGAAUGGCAUGGAAACGAGAGAAAGCGAAGCUGAAUUAGUGUACUGAAGCAUAGCAAAUUGUUAUGAAAGAAGACGAUUUAUAUCUCCCUG